AUGGUGGUGCCACUAGUUAUAGGUGUAGUGAUAACUUGUGCUGCUAUCACUGGCAAAGCAACAAUAAGAGCAAUGGAAAGAUAUGCCAAAUUGACUCCAAUAGAUAUAGCAAGACUUAAUAACAUAAAACUAGUGUUUGAUGAUCCUAAAAAACAGAAAAAUUCCUUUGCUGAUCGAAGUGAUAUGUUUAAAGAUGUGAAAAUAGAUCUGGAUCUACUAAAAAGGUUCAAAAAUCCUCCUUAUUCUGGUGGGUUUGAUUCAAGAAUGACAGAAAAUGAAGCAUUGUUGAUAUUGGAUAUCUCAAGGUCAGAAAUUCUUUCAUUGGAUAAGAAUAUGCUAAAGGCCAAACAUCGAAAGUGCAUUAUAAAAAACCAUCCGGAUAGAGGUGGUAGUCCAUAUUUAGCAACAAAAAUAAAUCAAGCUAAAGAUUUAUUGGAAAAGAGUUAUUUCAUGAAUAAGUGA